GGAAAGGAGACAUCUGAAGUUUCGGGUUGAUUUAUUCUAGUUUUCCACAUGAGCUGCAUUUUUCUCAGCUCUCCUUAUAGACAGAAUGGCAAGCCAAGUACAGGAAGAUCUCCGCUGUCCCGUCUGUCUUGAGACCUUCAGAGAUCCGGUCAUCCUGCGGUGCAGCCACAGCUUCUGUAAAGCCUGUCUGCUGAACUGGUGGACUGAGAAGACGAUCCGGGAGUGUCCUCUGUGUAAAACCAUCUCAGAGGAGAGGGAAGCCCUCUGCAACUUGGUGUUAAAGAACCUCUGUGAGAGUUUCUCUCUGAGGAAAAUCCAGAAGAUUUGCGAGGAUCUCUGCAGCCUUCAUGGAGAGAAACUCAAAAUGUUCUGUUUGGACCAUCAGGAACUGGCCUGUGUUGUCUGCAGAGAUUCUGAAAAACACAGCAGUCACAGGUUCAGACCCAUCGAUGAAGCUGCUCAACAGGACAGAAAGGAGCUUCAGGAGAGCAUAAAGGAAAAAAUGAAGAAAAAAUGAAGGUUUUUGAUCAAGUAAAAGUCCAUUUCAGUCAAACUGCGGAGCACAUCAAGGUCCAGGCCCGGAACUCAGAGACGCAAAUCAAACUGCAGUUUCAGAAGCUGCACAAGUUUUUGGAGGAAGAAGUCAAGGUGUGUGCUCUGAAGAAGGAGGAGAAGCAGAAGAGUCAGAUGAUAAAGGAGAAGAUUGAAACACUGAGGAGAGAGAUGUCGGCUCUUUUGGAAGCGAUCAGAGCCACAGAGGAGGAGCUGAGGGCUUCAGAUGUUUCACUCCUUCUAAACUUCAAGAUGAGAAUGGACAGAGUGCAGCUUUGCCCCCAGCUGGACGACCCCCAGCUGGCCUCUGGGGCUCUCGUUGAUGUUGCCAAACAUCUGGGUAACCUAGGAUUUAACAUCUGGAAGAACAUGAAAGACACAGUCUCCUACACUCCAAUCAUUCUGGACCCAAACAUGGCAAACCCAGAAUUAAUCCUGUCUAAGGAACUGACCACUGUGAGGUGUCGGGGGAAACGGCAGCUGCCUGAAAACCCAGAGAGGAUCAAAGGUUUCUGUGCUGUCUUGGGAUCCGAGGGAUUCAGCUCGGGAACUCGCAGCUGGAAGGUGGAUGUGGAAAACCAGCCCAGAUGGGAACUGGGCGUGUUGCAAGAUUCUGUACAGAGGAACGGAGGCUUAUGGUCAGGAUUGUGGAGAAUCCAGCUGUGUGACAACAAACUCACAGCCAUGUCUCCACCUCAAAUCUGUCCGCUGCUCGGAGUGAAAAACCUGAAGAAGAUCAGGGUGGAGCUGGACCUGGACAGAAAGAAACUGUCCUUCUUUAAUUCCGAGGCUAACACACACGUCCACACCUUCACACACCCCUUCACACACAGAGUUUUCCCUUAUUUCUGGACUGGAGUUGAACUCCCUCUAAGGAUCUUACCCACGGAGAUAAGUGUACACAAAACCCUUCUAAGUUAUAAUCAAGACCGUUCCACACAAGAACAUCUAUUUGAAGACUAGAUGAGGUUCUUUUCAGUUUGAAACCUUAAAAUCUACUCAGUUCUGUGUCUUUAUUUAAUACCUUAUGUUUCGGUAAAAUGUCAUGUAAGCUGCCAAUGCAUUUAGAGUUUUACCUUCACACAAAAUCAAAUCAUCCAGUGAAUGAAUUAUGUGAUAAAUGUUUCUGUAAAACGAUCCAUGAUUUAAAAAACCCUAAUGACUACCCAGCUGUGUCCUGUUUGGUACCAAAGGAGUAAAAGGCUUUAAAAUCAUUGAUGCAAUCUACUGCAAAAUUGAUUAAAGCUCAGCAGGUUUUUAAAUGACAUGCCGUCUGUGAUGAACUGUAAAAUGGAGAAGCUUGAAUGACGUAAAUAUUCCUU